GUGGCCUUCCUGGGGAAAGUGAAAGGGACGACGAACUAUCCAAUCUUUGUGCCGCCAACAGCAUAUGUCCCCCUGCUCUGUCGUUUGAGCCAAAUUGGACCUGGGUUUCAAGUGGAUGAUAUCUCGACCUCUGGUGGAUUAAACGACACAAGCCAUGGUUCAUGCCCAUAAUCACAACCAUGGCCCCAGCCUGGAGGCACGGAGUCCCGACCAUGACGAUAACGGACAAGAAGUGACGGUGGUUUAUGUAACUGCUUCCGCAGACUUUGAUGGUCCUGUAGGUGGUUAUGUGACAGGUGAAGACCCAAAAACAAAGACUGCGGCUCCCACAGUCGGUGUUGGUCCUGCCGUUCAACAAAGUCGCACAUCUACAAAGGAGGAACCAACUACGACUGAGAAACCAACAAAGAAAACUACGGCAGUGGAGACGAAGCCAACAGCCACCGCCAAGAUCGAGACGACUGAGACCACCAAGGAACAGCCGACUAAGACGGAACGGACUACCAAGGCAACUGAGAAAGAGACAUCCACGGCCGAUCAGAAGAACACCCCUACCGCAAUGACUACCUUCUCAACAGCUACCUCCUCUACUUCCUCCUUGUCCAAUACUGGAUUGGAAAAUGCUGCUGCCACGCAUUCGUCGUCUUCGGAUAAAUCAGCUGCUUCGUCAACCGCUCUUCCUGGAGCUUCUGGAUCUGACGGCCUCACAGGAGGUGCAAAAGCGGGCAUUGCGAUAGGUGUAAUUCUGGGAGUCGGCUUAAUUGCGGCUCUCAUUUUCUUGUUCAUGCGCAAAAAGAAGCAGGGCCAGAAAAUUGACGAAAUAGAGCCCGAAAAUGAGAAAGCAUUUGCUGCCAGCAGCGUAGCACCUCCCCCUCCUCCGCCAAAGUUUGAGCCGAUGACUCCUACCAACCCACCGCAGCUCAACGUUCGACCGGUGACCCAGUUUGCACCCGAUCUCACCCCCUCUUCCACAGGCGCUCUCUCUGCGGCUGGUGCAGGCGCAACUCUUGGAGCAACUGCCGCUGCAUCGCGCAACCUCACGGAACACGCCUCACCACCCCACACUCCGCAGUCGACUGUAGGCACCUCGGAUCCUUUUACUGACCCGGUGAACCCCUUCAGUAACCAGGCGGAGGCACCAUCCCCCAAUGAUGUGGCCAGGCCGAUAACCCCUCCAACUGCCCCUGAGACCAUGACGCCUCAAAAUCCGGUUCCUGCUGAAGCCGCUGUGGGAACAGCUGCAGCGGCUGGAGGUGCCGCAGUUGCUGCAGCUGCCUCCAAGUCUACCGAGAAUGAUCAUCCUAGUCAACCUGAAAGUUCCGAGCCGAAGGCUGAUUCUCAGCCUGAACGUGCGGAAACGAGCCCUGUCAAUGCUCCAGACGGCAAUGGAGCAACUGGUCCUAGUCCUCCUGUUGUUGCUGCAGUCCCUGCCUUUGGCCCUUCUGAACAGGGUCCACCUCCCCCUCCAGCUCCUACCAAUGUGCAUCGCGUACAGAUGGACUUCACUCCUUCCAUGGAAGAUGAAUUGGAGCUUCAUGUCGGCCAGCUUGUUCGGCUUCUCCAUGAGUACGAUGACGGGUGGGCUCUCUGUAUCAGAAUGGACCACUCACAGCAAGGUGUGGCCCCUCGUUCAUGUCUCUCUUCUCGCCCUGUGAAGCCUCGAGCUCGACCACCUCCGGGGGCUGGCCCCGGCCCACGUGGUCCACCAAUGAUGGGACCCAAUGGCCCUAUGCCUCCUGGUGCCAUGCCCAAUCCUCGUUUCUAUCCACCAGGUGGACGCCCAAUGUCUCCUGCUCGCCCGAUGUCCCCAGCGCGUCCUAUGUCCCCAGCACGUCCUAUGUCUCCGGCUCAUCCUGGCUAUGUUGGGCCUCAGGCACCGCGUCCUCAUCCACAGCGCCCGAUGCCCCCUGCUCAGUUUCCCCCUGCUCCCCGAUCAUUCUCGCCAGGGCCAGGCCCUCGACCAAUGCCACCUCGCUCGAUGAGCCCGGGUCCUUAUGGUCCCCCAGGCAUGCAGCGACCGGAGAUGCCUGUCAACCAGCGACAACGUAGCAACAGUGCUGGUGGACCAGUCCCACGCACUGCGGGGUCACCAGGGCCGAGUCCUUUGGCUGCUCCUAGAACCCCACCUCCAUCAGGCGCGCUGCCAGCAAUCCCAAACCUGGCCCCAGCGCCCGCUCCCGCCCCGGUCGAGGCUCCGGCCCCGGAAAGCAACAUGCCACCCCAGUGAGCUAUGGGCGUUCGCGCUAGACCAUGAUCGUCGAUUUUCACGGGGACAACGGCUGGCAUUGUCGCUAAUAUGUACGAGACUGCUAUGAUAUCACGUGCUCCUGCAACGAAAGGGCUCUAUCCAAAGUCACCAACGCCUUAUGUCCCCGCUAUCGACUCCCCAAGUUUGUUUUUUCUUCUUUUUUUUCUACCACCUG